AUGAACUACGGAGUUCAAAUUCGGGCAGCUAUUCGUCCGCCUUUUCCGCCUCUUAUAACGAUUCAGGAUAUCGUUAGAUUAUUAACGAUUAAUAGACAACGUAGACCACGUAGAAAAUUUAACGCAUUUAAUAUAUAUAGAACAACAACAAUCUUUCAUAUGCAGAUUAAUAAUAAUAUAUUACCGAUUUCUCAUGAUUAUUUUCGUAGUAUAACUUCAGUAAACUGGGAUUCUGAAGCACCCGAUGUUAAGAAAAUUUAUCAAGGUUUAGCCAGAGAUACAAAUUCGUAUUAUAAUCUCUAA